AUGAUGGAAUGUCAGAGAUCAUGGCGUGUGGGGAUCCGCCUAUUGCUAGUAUUGCUUCCGGCACGAUUGAUAAGUGCAUCCAUUUUAUUGGGAGGAGGCAAGUAUGAAACCUUUUCUUCCAUAGAACAUCAGCAAGACAUUCAAGGCCUAUUGAAUCUCGGCAAGGAUUAUGCGUCCAUGAAAAAGGCCUCGGUCGCAGACAUCGAAGAGAUAUACAAACACGGGGAGCAUGGCGUUGGGUACACUAUGGUGAAUGGGGAACGAUUGAGGCACACACUGUCCUUUGCGGACCUUGGGCGUGCUCUGUCAGAGGAUAGUCUGGACGAGAACAACAGAAACGGCAAUAACAAUGGAAUUCGCUUGUCGGGGAAAUUCGAGAAUCCAAUGCUGUAUCUCUAUCGACACUACUUCAAAACCAGAAAGCCUAAAAUGCAACGAACAAAUGAAUUUGCGAACGAAAUUGUGCUGGACUUGCUACUUGAAAUCCAGUCGGAGCCGGCCCUGGACGCCAUGCUUGUCCUAAACGCUUGGAUGUACAUAUCCAACACUCUUCAUCAAGUUACUACGACGAAUUGUGAUAGCAAGAUCGACAUAAACUGGAAUACCAGUGACCGUCUAAAAGCUUUGGAUCGAGCAGCUGCCUUGUGGUUUGGUCUCGAAGAAGCAGAUACAUCAAACAUAAAGGAAUCAACACAGACUGGCGAUGAGGAUUCCUUGCUCGAAUGGAUGGGAUUUGGAGCAACAGAAGAAGAAAUGGUUGACAACUCUUCCAUGUUGCUGUCUCAAUUGGCGGACGAAACCAGCCAACGGCUUGGUAGCACCAGUGUCAACUAUGAAAUUGUGUAUCUUUUCAACUUUAUUCGAGACCAUUUGGUCCACCAUGGCGAGGAACUAGACAAGUGCUCCAAGGAGAGUUCCCCAUCCAACCACAUUGUCCGAGCAAAUGUUGGACGACUUAUGGAUCUCAUGGUUGUUCCGUUGAUACAGAAUCUGUGGUAUUACAACCUUCUUCCGAUGAUGGGAAACUCUUUGCCAAACCAAAACAGGCACUUCAGACCGGAUUCUACUGUUGUCCGCAAUUCAGACUUCUCCUUCCUUAAGGUAUACCAGGCGGCUCUUAUGCCCCGACUGUACGCUUGCGACCCCAAUCUAGCCGACGAAUUGGCCAUUGAUUCGUAUGAAGCGAAGCUGGAAAUGGAAGAUGACGAAUUUCGAAUCGACUGGCUGGAAACUUUUCAGAGGGAAGGUCUGGGUUGCUUCCGACUGUCUUGUGAGGAUGUUGGCUGCGAUCAGAUACAGUCGUUGCUACAGACUGAAGGUGGCAUCAGCGUUGAACUGGAUUCCAAUGUCGACGGUCACAAUGUCACCCGGGUGGGGGCAGCAGAUUUCAGUCGAAUCGAUCGUGACGUGCGAAUGUUGGAUAUUUUGUUGCAAUCGCAAGCCUACGAUGCUUCAAUUGAAAUUUUCACCUACGGCUACCACUCGGACUAUUCCUUGGGACAAUUAGCAAUGGAGGAGGAUCCAAAUGCCAGCAGUCAGAACUCUACAAAUUCUUAUGAGCUCCCAGAGCACCCGUCUCAAGCUGUCAUUUUUCGAAACUAUAACCGUCGCAUGAACAUUACCUUUGCAGGCAAUGAAAUCAUGUCCACUUUAAAUAGAGGUGGAGCUCGUGCGACCACUUUGUUGGACGAGGUUCGAGCCACUGUUCUCGGUAAUAUUCAGGCCAAUGUUCUGUAUCUAUCCAUGGCGACAUCCUUUGAGUUAUCUAUAAACCAAUGCGAACGUGGAGAUAAAGAGUUGACAUUGAAGUUUUGGGAUCAAGGGACUGCGAUUUACUUUGGAUCGAUCGAAGGAAGAAAGAUUUUUUAUGGUGGAGGGAACACGACUGACGGGUUCACAUCUCUCUUUGGAUUGACUCGACGAAUGAAUACUUUGUUUGAAUCUCCCAGUGAGAGUGGACAUGAUGACGUUGAGGAUAUGGUUACUGAGCUCCUUUCGAGAGGUGCAGAACUCGCCGAGCUCCAAUUUUGCAGCACGCUGAGCAAACUCUGGGAAGAAGAGAUGCUGCCUGUGUUUCACACAACGCUUAUUCGGGCAUUCCUGUACUAUAGUGCAGCUUGGUUGUCCGGCGACAGAAACACCCAAAGACUGGCAGAGGCAUAUUCCAAAGGGAUACUUCCUCUGAUUGAUAUUGUUAAUAGCACAAGUGCUACAAGGAUUCAAAGGACUUUAGGUGAGGGAAUUGACAUUUUGUCGAAUAUUGACCGCGUGGAGGACCUUGGAAGCAUCAUUGGUUCGGUUCUACCAGAAAUGGGAAUCCGAUGCGAAGACGUUGGAAUCUUGACAAAGUUCCCCACUUUGCAGCUAUGCUUUGGAAAUGGACCACAACAACUUGCUUUGGACCUGUUUGGCUUCUCUUCUGUUGAAACAUUCCAAAACUUUUCUGCAGUAUCAUUAGAUGUCCAAGAAAUUCUGCGAUCCAGUACCCUUGAAAAUGCAAGGGAGAUUUUUCUACAAGGCGUUCAUGGCCUUUUCUCGCUAGCGUCACUGAGCCGGUUCUCGCUAGGUGCAGAGACAAGAUAUGACCCAACUCUGAAUAUCUUCGGCUUCGCCAGCAAGAAUAAUAGAGUGUUGGGAGAUGGCGAUAGGAAGUCAUUUGACUUCACGAAUGGGGUGGUGGAGUCCCUACUACUGGGGAAACAAGAUACAUCGUUGAUUGCUGAAGCAGCUAUAGUUUGCAACUCGUGGUUGAUGGUCGUUCACAAGCUUCAUCAGAGUGUGAAUGAAUGCAAGUCAGCCUCAAAUCCACUCCAGCCCAUCGAUGAAGCUGUUGCUCUUUGGAUUGGAAGAAGCGACCAUGCGAUGAAGAAUGGUUGGAUGCUAUAUGAAGUUGCAGAACACGCAUCGUCCUAUCUCGGUCUCGAGGAAUCAAAUGUAAAUCAGCGCCUAUUAGUAGAGUUCAAUGCUUUACAGGAGUAUGCAAGGAACUGUGUCGAUGGGGAAGAAACUUUCUUGGAAAUGAGGAAGCGGGUCAACGAAAUCAUUCGUCUAUCUUUGAUCCCUUUGAUACAGAUUCUUUUUGUGAAUCUGUGGCAGGACUACAAGCCUACUGUGCGAGUGUACAGCAGAGCUAUUUUUCCACUUGUUGCUGGUUGUAAUCCAAAGACGCACUCGAACUUGGCAGAUGUGUUCUACUCGAAUUUUGUUUAUUCGGAGCUGAAUGAAACCACGUAUGAUGACAUGACAAUGUUCCUCAAGUGCUCACGAAUAUCCUGCAGUGAUCUGGGCUUCCUAGACGCGUCCAAUCUAGGAUUCCGAUCCUUUGCUGCAAAGCUAUGCGAGAGACUUCAAUGGAAAUCAAAAGGGAAUCAAUUGGUUGGAUACAUUGCAGAAAAUGAUGUGUCUGAGCUAGCCAGAGUCGACCUGGAUAUUCUGGAAGUCAGUAUUCUGAUGAAAAUGGGAGCAGAUGAAGCGGCAGAAGAUCUCUAUCUUUACGGGAAACACAGCGUAUGUGAGGAUAAUGUGCUAUGUAGUGGAGCUUCGAAAGAUCCACUCAGUCUCCACACCAUUGCAAAAAAUGUCGAGACUUCAAACAUGUACCACACAAAUAUGCUUGCCGAUUACUAUGGCCCAUCUUUUGCCAACAAUGUGACGUUUGAAGCCUUUCGAAGGAGCGGAAGUUUCUCGCACGCAUCAUGGGCUGAAUCUUCGGAAGUUGUUGUUCGUAACCUGCAAGUUAUGGUGGCUUUGCCGGCGGUAGUUGGGCUCUUUCAAGCAGCCAUCGGAUAUUGCUACUUUGAAGCGACAGAGGAAUCAGUACAUCAAUGGGACUCUGGGGUCGCUCUGUAUACAGGAGCAAUUGAUGCCUUUUCGAGCGAUGUAGAAUCAACUGAUGGCUUCCUAUUGAGGUCAUUAAGCAAUUCCCUCUGCUCCCAAUUUCAUGUCUGUGACGAAAUGGGACAGUCAAGAUCUAACAAAUACUUGAUUCCGCUCCUCAAAAAGGCUCGCAAGAAUCUGGCCGAUUCCAACUGUCAAAUUGCGAAGAGCAUUCUUGACUCGGGAAUAGUUCCUUUGGCUCAAGUCCCCUUGUUGCAAGGAGUACUUGGGUCCAUCCGCAGUGCUGCCGGUAAGUUAACACAAGAGCCGAGAAAGGAAGCUCUUAUAGGAUUUGUCUAUGCAAGAUCGAUCCUUCCGAUAUUGAACGCUACAAAUACGACGAGCUCGUACACGGUUGAGAACGCAUUUGAAUCGACUCAAAAUUCAAAGGAAUCGGUUGAAGAAACACUUCGCGUCUAUGAAGCAAUAGGUUUUGCCCUACCAGCCUUAGGCAUUGACUGCAAUCUUGUUUACCCCACCUUGUGUGCCUUGCAACACAACAAGUAUGCACUGCCAUUGUAUGUGAAGAACAUUGGAAUUAUUGAUUCAGAUCUUUGUGAGAUCAAGAGCAAGUUGGCUGAUGGCAAACAAGCUGAAGCGCGCAACAUCUACGAGAAUGGGAUGCAUUCAUUCAUCGGAUACGGUGGUGAGAUGAACGAAAACAGUACCAGUUUAAAGAGUCUCGGAACAUACACCACUGCUGACUUCUUCAGCGACCCGCUUCAUGUCCUGUUUUUGCAUUAUGAAACAGCUGUGAAGGGAUCGGAAAGAGAAGUUUCUGCAUUUGGAAACCCUUUCGUUGAAAUGAUGUUUGAUAUGAAUUUAUCACCGCCAGUGAUAGCUGAGUCUAUCCUUGUUUCCAUUGUUUGGAUGCGUGUGGCACACAGUCUUCACAUGGCGCUUGAGACUUGCAAGGCAGACACAGCGGAUUCGAUCUCAGUUGCUUACGGUCUCGACGUUGCAGCUGCCUAUUGGAUUGGCGAGGCAACAAUGGAAAAUGGAAGCGAUGACCAAAUUGGGAACCUGUGGUAUGCUCUGACAGAUGACCUUGCCACGCACUACAACAGCAUUCAUAACCCCAAUGACUCAAUUCUACACCUGUUGGACUUAACAAAAGCACUGAUUCUUACCAACGGUUGCGAGACCAAGUCAUUGAUGUCGUCAAUUAACAAAGUCAUUGCUGAGAUGAAAAUUCCCCUUAUACAAGGACUUAUUCACGGCCUCAAGACAAACGAUCGAGACCUAGUCCGCCUGUACUCUGCUAGUGUUAUUCCUCUGGUCUCAGGUUGCAAUCCUGCCGAUGUUUACUUCUUUGAACAAACUCUUGCAGAAGGCACCAACUAUGACGCUGAUGAAAUCAUUGAUAGAAUCUAUCACAUGCUACCAUGCAUUGAUCUGGAUUGCUCGAAAAUUGGUAUCCACAAAGAUGAUGCAUCAGCCAACGAUUCUAGAUGUUCCGACGUGCUGAAUCCCAGCAAUCUUGGAGAUCACUUCUUGAAGUACUCAAGGUUGGAUUUGGAUUUGCGCGAUAUUGAUAUCAUGCUUCAAAUGGGUUCGAAGCAGGCGGCAGAAGAUAUAUUCUUCCUAGGAAAGCAUUCCAAUAUUAGUCUUUUGAGUCUUGCACACAACUCUGAGUUGCCUGCGGCAGCCCCAAGGUUCGCCUUGUAUAGUGAAUACUUCAAGUCAUUGACCUAUGCUCAUGAUAUGGUGUUGGAUGGAUUUGCAUUUAUGGGAAAUGGACUUUCGCAGACCGAAGCCAGAGUCUCAAUUCUCCGGUUCAGUCAAACUAUUCUACUAGGCCAUACGGCAGUCAAUACCAUUUUUGAAGCUGUGAACAUAUGCGAUGGAUCUGAUAGCGAGGUGGUGGAGGAACCCUGGAAUUCAGCUGCAGCGCUUCUGAUUGGAAGCCUGGAUCGAUCCAGAGAAGUUGACUCAUCGAACUGGUACACUAUUUACGACUUGGCUCAAAAUCUCUGUUCUGAAUUUGCCACUUGCUCCAACGAUGGCAUGGCUUUGGUCAACACGGAGUUGAUGAGUGCUUUGAAUGAUGGCCGCGUGGCUGCUCAACGCAACAACUGCGCGGGAUUGAAAGCCGCCGCAGAGGAGAUUCAAGCUCUUAUUCUGGUUCCGGUAGUCCAAGGACUGUUGAGUGCCGCGAUGAAAUUGUCCACGCCUGGUCGUACGCAAGAAGAUGCCGCUGAAGCGCACGUCUACUCAAAAAACCUGCUUCCACUAAUCCAGCAGAUUGAUCAAGAAGCUGCCAAUUUUAUGGAAUCCACCUUUGUCUUGCGAAAGGAGCUUAAAUUUGAGUCAUCCACUGGAGCUUCUACCUUCAAUAUCAUCUCCGACGUUUUGGAUGGGCUGGGGUUGGACUGUAGUCUUGUGGGGGCCUUGGAAUUUUGCGAGCAUUCAGCCACUCCUCCAGAUGAGCCCUCGGCGUCGUCUCAUAUUCUACCAGCUCUUGGAGGUGUGAUGAUUGUGGUAAUCAUCGCGGCUGCCGCCUUUCUUAUGUACCGACUUUCGAGGAGCGAAGAAUCUGUGGAACCAAAGGACGAGGUUGCGAAUGCUUCGGACAAAAAGUCAGCAGUGGAAGAAGAAGAGGAGCCAUCCUGCAGUGGGCACACACGCAGUGAUGAAAGUGGAAAUGGAAGCAAUUCCAGUAGCCAUUUUCGAGAUAAGUCUUCUUUGUCCAUAGCCGCUUCAGAUGUGCUUCAAAAAGCCGAGGAAAGCAUCAUUGCUGAUCAUCUGGCACCUGUACCUCUUGGGCUCCCCAGUGGAGCCGAGCAGCAGGACGUUCCAAAGAAUCUCGAAAUCAAGAUUAUUGAAUUUGAAGAUUCAGUCUAG